GUGCACAUGGGGUCGCCGGCGUCGUUUCAGCACAAAACUACGAGCAAGGUUGUACAUGCCGAGGAUUGGAUUGCCGUCGUCCGGAGAUGGAUUUCACGUUGGCGUAGUGGACGUGCGUGAAUCCCAACAGAACCACGGAACUCGGCAUGCCGUUCGUCAUCCCAAUCGAAACGUAUGGCGCGUGCCCAGGUUCAAGCACACGACCCAGCGCAACACUCCAGCGAACUGCACAAACGAGUUGUGUGUGCGGCCCACUCCGUGUCGAGGCGACUGUUGCAGCUGUUUGGAGCGCGCAGAUUAUUGAGAUGGCCCAUGACACGGCCACGUGCAAGAAGCUUGAAGUUCGUCGUCGAUUCUUGUGGUUUCCAAGGACAAGAACACGAUCAAUUUGGUGCAGACGACAAACACUGGCGCCAAGUGCGUCAGUUGACUGUGGUGCCACUUGGCUCGGCACGGAAGUUGGCGACCAUGAUGUGUGGCAGUAGACACGGACCGUCCGACCCAGGCGGUGGGUGUAGUGUGCAGUACGUCGACUUAAACGGCCGAGAACAACAAGGUCCACCCUAGACACACGAGCAGGAGCUUCCGAUGCACCAGGCCGGCAAAAAUAUCGUAUACGUGAGGACGAGUCGGUUGUACAACAGGUUCGGUAGUCCCUACGUGGCAAAGUUCUCGUCGAUAGAGUGCACAGGUGGCAAAUGUGUUUAAAAGGACUAAGUGUGCA